CCCUAUCCAUUGAGAGCCAAACUGGUUUAGCCCUCUUGCAUUCUGUGUGGGAAGCCCUUCAGAGAAAGAGGUUUUAGGGUUUACCAGAGACGAGAAAUGGAACCGGCGAAUUCUUCCUCUGCCACGCCACCUCCGCCACCGCCCCUUCCCUCACCUCCCACCCCUUCUCCUCCGCCUAUGCAGAAGGAGGAGUCGCAGAAAAGGAAACCACCAACCCCUCAAGAACUCGUGGCCAUGUAUGAGGCAGAGGGUCUAGACCACAAGGAGGCCUCGUUGAAGGUGAUUCGAGAUCUGCAGACCAUUCUGUACAGAGUUACAGGGACGGGAAGGAACAAAAAGGACAAGUUCAUGGUAGAGACAGCGAGGAAGCUCGACACCGUCAACACCCGCCUCGCCAUUCUGGAGAUGAAGGUCGAUUCGAAGCCGGGGUUCGCAGAGACGCUGGCAAUUGGGGUCGCCGCCGGCGGGUUGCUGCGCGGGAUAGGGAACGCCGCUCCCCACGUCAUGACGGCUUUCUCCCAGAUGUGGUCCAGUGUUAAGAACUCCACAAGGACUUGAAUUUUGCCUUAUUUGCUCCCCGGCCGACCCCUUCGAUCCCCCUUCCAAGAUUUUUUGCCAUCUUUUAGGGUCUCAGUCUUUCUUUUCUUUUUUUUUCAGUGAGAACGAUGAGCUAUAUGUUAUGUUUCACAUCUUCCUGGGUGUUUUUGUUUCUUUAAGUUACUUUUUAUGGUUA